CAUCGCCGCUGCACUCGCGUGCUGUCGUAGCCGCCGGUUACAACCCUGGCGAGAAUCCAGCGGAGCUCUCGGCUGCGCUCGGCGGCCUGAAGCCAGGGACGGGCAGGCCACUGAACGCGCUCAUCAAGCUGCGUGCAGAGACUGGCGUCGAGCGGGUCGACACGUCCUCCUCCCCGCUGUUCAAGCCGGGCGCCGUGCUCGAUACUGUGCGAACGGCCGACGGUCGCGUUCGCGUUUCCCGCCGCGUGGACGCUGGCGGGCGGCCCAAAUCUCGACGUGAGGGACGUGCGGCAGUCCGACUCUGCUUUCCUCCUCGUCGGCGCGCUGCCCGCCGGUCAGGCGUUCGAGUCGCUUCCCGACAACUUCUUCCUCGACCUCCUCUUCGACCCGGCGGGCAAGUACGGCCAGUACGGGCAGGUGGAGGACCGAAAGGUGCUUUCCUGCACACUCACCGCGCUCACCCUCCCCAACGGGCGCAAGCAGCAGUACCGCCGCAUGGCGCUCAAAUUUGCGCCGCUCUCGUACAACGCAAACACUGUCGAGCGGCGCGCGCUCCUCUCCGCCACCGCCGUCGGGGGCAGCGUCUUUGUGAUGGUGUCUGGCUCGCUGGCGACGAGGUACAAGGCGGUCAAGGAGGAUCUGCUCGAGGUCCAAGAGUCAUUUCGCGCCAUCGCGUCGAGCAGCGGGCGAAGCGCCACCAGCGCCUCAUAAAUCUUCGGAACGCGUCAUCAUAUAGCUACGUAUACUCUACGGCUCUGCUGCAUGCACACACAUCACGGCCGCACAGGCGCACGCUACACACGCGAUCACGCUUCACCACGUGGAGUGCGAGCCGCGCGCCGGUCUUCCCGCUCGGCUCUACUCGUCAAGCUCAAGGAUUUCCGUCCC